GGCAACGGUGCUGAACUGCUGAUAAGCAUACGACAACCUGUUGAGAAUACUACAUAGAGAUAGCCACUCCGCACCGUCUAGCUUCUUCCCUACACCAGCCACGAAUCGCUCUCGAAGGCGCUCAUACUCACCCAUUUCCUUUGCUUCCGUCUCAUCAGGAGAAACACCACCUAGCUCGCCGGAGACAUUUUCUCCGCCUCGGAGUCUCUCCCCGGAUAAACCUAAGCCGACCGGAGUCCAGUAUCCAGAAUGGCGAAUGGAGGUCGUUCGCAAAGCACGUCGAGCCGGUCUGGGAGAUGUCGGUCGUGCGAUGGAACUGGCGAUGUUCGGUGCCGAUAUCCACGAGAAUAGCGGCGUACCAGAAAGCGAGAGCCACCAGCCGAAGCAGGGGCGACGUCGGGGCCGCCAGCCGAACGACGGGUGGAAUGGCUUGCUCGAAAGUGACAGCGACCAGGAGAGUGCUGAGGACAGCGGGAGCGAGCGCGAGUGGGAAGGCUGGGAAGCAGAUUUCACCAAUCCCCGCAAACAUCGCCGCAGCCUCCCCCCAGACUCGGGCGUGCAGUGGGAGUCUGGCUGGCAUUGGAGCAGCACCACGAGCCCGAGCAAGCUGAACGGGCUCGUCAGUCCGACUGGCACCAACUUUGACGACUACGACUUCCCCGCGAAGCCUGUUGCAGCUGUCGACGCCGCCGCCAGGUCAAACUGCGCAUCGCUUAACGUUCCCCCUCGCACACUUUCUAGUUAUGCGUCAGCAGACUCCCUACUGAAGCGGAGUCUCCAGAGCGGCAGCCUGCGGCGUCCCAGGCGGCCAGAGUCUCCCUCAUCGUACCUCACCCACGCUCGCGCCCGAUCCCCUCUCGCGGGCGAGCUCGACGACACAGAGUACUAUGGGUCGGAAUCUGGCUUUGCGGUACCCUCGCCACCUCAAUACAUGCCCGACACCGCCUACCCGUCGCGUGUUCCGGCCGAGAUAAGCCUUCGGCAGGCUUCGUCAGGCUACCCAACCCAGCGCGUCCCGAUGUCCAUGGCCAUGACGACGAUCACGAGCACCGUCACCGCCGGCGACGACGCAGGGCCGGGCAGGAAGGGCAAGGGCAAGGGCAAGGCUCGGGCCCUCGAGACGCCGCCGAGGCCGGCGCGGAAGCGCUCCUUGACGGUGCAGGGCGCGCUCUCCCCGCGCCCGUCGACGGUCGACAGCCUCAGAGACAGCCCCGGCACCGGCACGCUGCAUACGCCGGAAGGCGGCGGGGAGAGGUCAGCGAAGCCUGGCAGGCUCAAGCUCGCGAAGCUGUCGUUUGCGCAGGUGGCAGCGGUGAGCUCUGGGUCGUCCUACCUGGGCUCGAGGAACCUUGCCCCGCCACCUCUUAGUGCAACCAGCACAAGCAGUUUCGAGAGUCCACAAUUUGCACGUCCCGAGGAAAGCGACUGAUUUAUGUUAUACAGGUCACGUUCAUUCUUCUUGAGCGGUCUGGGGUGUAAUGUAUUCUUGACCCAGUCCUCAUUUUUCGUCUGUUGCUGUGCAAGGCGUCAUGCUAUCGAUUCUUGCUUUCGAGAUGCAGCCCUCAACGAUUUAUUGUACAUUACCGC